UUUAUCGUUUCGGUUAAUUUUUAACCAGUUGGAAAAAUUUUAAUCUCUUUUUAAUAUUAGUUUUUGUUACUGUUAGCUUCCGCUGUACUCUGUAAUUUGAUUUUAACGUACAGGCAAAUGAUUUUUUAGCAUAAUCGCCCCUUUUCUUAAAGCCCACCAGUUUAAACUACCAUGGCUAAACCUGCUUAUAAGGAUCUCGGGAUUUCCAGUAAGGAAUACGAAGAAGCGCUCCUUCUCGAAAGACUCUUCAGACUCGUCAAAAAAAACCCCUGCUCUACAUGCCUCUUAAAAAAACCGACCCAUGUUGAUCUUGAUCGUUAUGACUUGUUAUGUACGGCUUGUUCGAAGCGUUGUUCUUCGAAGGUUCAGAUUGGAAAGGGUUUGAUAUCAAUGUCAGAUUUGGAGCGUUUGGAGUCGAUAUACGACAAAUCAAAGAAGAAGAAAGAAAGUUCAAAGCACAAGAAACACGGCCAUAAGUCUCGCAGCUCCUCAGUUUCCUCUAGAGAGGAUAAGAAAUAUCACUCGCCAGAGGAUUCACAUCGUCCUCAUAAGUCAAAAAACUCUAAACGCCGUGAAAGCACUUUGGUCCCACCUUCAGAAUAUCCACAAACUCCAGACUAUUAUCCAGAACCUUUCGAUAAACGUUACCCAGAUCCUUAUGAUAAAAGAUUCCCAGAACCGUUUGAUAAACGUUACUCAGAUCCAUAUGAUAAACGUUACCCCGAUCCGUAUGAUAAAAUAUUCCCCGAUCCGUAUAUGCACCAAGAAUCAUUUGAAAGGUCUCCAAAGGGUCACAGGGAUAAGAGUAGAGAAAGGUCAAAAGGUAAGCAUAGGAGUUCUUAUUCUAAAGAUUAUUACCCUAGGGAUUAUCCAAGAUCACAUUUCCCUGAGUCGUAUAACCAGUAUCCAGAACAGUUUAAUGAUCAAUACCAGUAUCCGGACCCAUAUCAGCCGAAUUAUGGUAAAAUGAAGCGAAACCAGACGGCGUAUGAGUAUACAAAUAUGUCAAGAAAUGUGCCAGGAAUGGUCGGAAUACUCGCAAGCCAACGCCCCUCAGACAUGGUCGUCAGAAAUCAAUUCGCCCUCCCUCCCCCAAAACAUGAAUCAAAACAUUCCAAAUACUCCAAACACCACUAUAAUGAUAAUUAUGAUAAUAAAUUUAAAGAAUAUGACUCAAAGUAUAGAGAUGACUCAAGAUAUAAAGAAGAUACAAAGUAUAGAGAAGAUACCAAAUAUAGAGAUGACAUGAGAUAUAGAGAAGACGGGAGAUAUAGAGAAUUUGAUAGAAGAUAUAGAAAGUAUGACGAUGUGGAAUUUGGUACGGAGCGAAAUUUGAGAUCGAAAUCGUUGGCGUUGACUAACGGGUUUCAGGCGUUUAAAUCAUUGCCUUUGUCAAUGUCACCUUUUCCAAGGGAUGAAAUUGCCAGUAAUAACCCCUUCGCAAAGCGGACUUUACCUCCUUCAGGCCAGGCCUUCCACUUCUCCAGCAUGAGAGAUGCUCUGAACCCGCCACCAACACACUCCAGAUUCCCAGAACCGCUAAAACCAGCCCAUGAUUUCAAUUUAAAUAAACUCGGAAACCCAAACUUCCCAGAUUCCAACCAUUUUAAUCGUUACUAAUCCAAUACACUAUAAUUUUUUAACCUACCA